CCAGAAAGGAGGGUAGCCUAUCUGACGACGGUGAUUUAAUCCAGAUUAGUGAGCGAUGCAGCAGCCCUUGCAAUUAGAUCGACUCGGUUCCUCUAGGAGAAGCAAGAGAGGCAGCACAGUGUUGCACUGUUUACAUCUUUCCGCUAUGACUUGCCAGGGAUGUUUUUGUGCUUUUAAGGUAAGGCAUAAUGCCACGUCUGUUUGUUGCAUGUUGACCUUUAUUUAGUGCGUUAAAAAGUUUAAAAAAUCGCCACUGGUUUGCCGCUUUACUGCAGAGAAUCUACAUUUCUGUGCGGGGCUCAAAAACACUCCCCGUACUGCUUGCAUCGGAUACCCUAUGUCGACGUGCGUUUUAAAGCUGUAGGCGAAGCAAUCAGGAUAGAGUUCUGCAGUAUUUUUGAGCAUCUGUCCCAACAUGGUCUUGUAACAGCAGAGAUGUCAAAGUUCCGCAGGUGCACUUGUUUUGUUGCCUGGGGCUGAAUGAUGUCUCCAAUAUGCAGGAGAAUGAAGCAGACUCCAUGUGACAUUAAAGAAACAGCCCAUGACUCUGAGUGUCAUGUGUCAAGUUCAGUCUCUUGCCUCCCUGGAACUCUGUCCACCCAGUGCCUGGAGGCGCCCUAAGAUCUAGAGGCGGGCAGUAAAGGGGUGUAGCAGCAUGGAAGACAGUGAACUCGUUUUGUCCCUGGAUUGUGAUGAAGAAGGUCCCUCUGUGUCCUUCUCCAAGGAGAGACAGCGUGCCACAGCCGAAGACACUGGCCAACGGUCCCACGGCUUCCGUGUGCCCCUUUCCCCCUCCAGCCCCGAUCUCUCCGUCUCCACCCCAGGGCUCCUCUCCAACCUGGUGAAGUCCUCUUCCUCAGACAUCGAGACCACCCAAGAGGCUCAGGGGACCAUUCGGUCCAAGCCUCUGUUCAGUCUGGUCAAGUCCCUUUCGUCUGAGAUCUCCCAUCACGACUCCGAGCCCGCCGCUCUGUCCAAGUCGGACUCCAGGCUGCACCACCCCCAGCCCUGGAAGCAGCUUAUCCUCAGCCAACCGGCUCCCAGAGUUGCUCAGCCAGACGUACCCCCAGGAGGGGACCCCCUGACGCAGAUGGAGGAUCCCCGCUCUCCUGGCAGCCUCUCGCCCACAGAGGGCGGCGGCAGGAGCAGUUCGAUCAUCGCCGAGCUGGAGGACACCCGUCGCAAGUUCUCAGAGGCCAUGCAAGAGCCCUUCAACAUGUUCAGCAAGAUGAUGGGAGACGAGGGCAGCCCUAAGCAGAAGGCUGGCGGCGACUCACCCAGUUCCCAGGGCAUCGGCGGGGGAGUAAACAUUCCAGUGAAGGGUGAAGAUGCAGGUGGAGGACAGAAAGAGGUAGGAAGUGGAAGCCCACUAGCGGUGUUUGACACUCCGUGUAGAAAGCUCUGGACGGCACCGGUGGACCCCAGCCAGUCCCCGGAGGUCCACCGCAGAAGCACAAAGAUGGGCGGCAAGGACAUCCGCUAUGAGAUCUGUACCUUUGGAGAUGUAAUGCAAGUGGUAGAAGUCCAGGGGAGUUCCAAAGCAGGUGGCAGUGGAAAGCAAUCCCAAUCCCAAUCCCAGUCCCAGUCUCGACCUCAGCCUCAGCCGCCUCUGUUCCCUUUGCGGCAAUUCUCUUCCUGGCCCUUCCGCUGGUUCUUCUGUGUGGGAUUCCUGGUGUACACCUUCUUUGUGGUGCCUCUGCCCUCCUACCUGACAGGGCUGUCCCUUGGGAUCGCCUGUGGGUUCAUGAUGGGCCUAUGGGCAGUGAUGUUCCUGGCUCCAAAGCGGCCAGUCAGACGGAUGCCACUGCCUCAGCGAGCCCCACCUUCACCUGACGACAGCAUGCCCACAGAGUCCCUCAGUAAAACCCAGACCGAUCAAGGACUCCUACAGGGUUGGAUGAAUGCAAUGGAUGCCUAUGACCCAGAGACAUAUCAGCCUUCACUCACUCACUCUGUAUACGCCACACUGGAUGGCUCGUGUCUGCGCUUGUCCUACCCGCGCAGCAACAUCCCCCGCAGGGCAACCUUCAACGAGCCCUUUCAUGAGGCAGUGUUCACUCAAACACGCACAUUCCAGCUGGCCAACAGCAAGGUCUUUCUGUUGCCCUCUGCCCUGGCUCGCAAGCGAAUCUGGAACAAGAAAUAUCCCAUCUGUCUCAUCCUAGCAGAAGGAGCAGAGAGCAGAGAGGAGGGUAUGGUAGGGCACGCCAUGGAGGGGGAGGAUGAGGAGAAAGGAGAUAAGCAUCCACUACUAUCAGACUCUGAGCGUGAUCUCCCCACCACACUCUACCUCUUCGGUCGCACAGGAAGAGAAAAGGAAGAGUGGUUUCAGCACUUCCUAUCAGCGUCCAAAGGAGACAUCCAGGGCAAGCUCCGUCAGGAUGAGUCACAGACUGAGGUGUGUAGUGGUGGUGGAUCAAGCCAGGGCAGCACCGAGGACCUGUCCUCCAUGCUGGGCCUGAAAGAGGUCUCCGGUGCCAUGCGAGAGAAGGUUUUGCUGGACUACGACUCCUACAUGGCCCACUUUGUGUGCAGGAGUGGUAGCCCCACACCCAGCCCCAGCCACAGUGACUCAGGAAGCCCACAGAUCAGAAAGAGGUUCUCCAGCGACCCUGGUCUGGGCCCUGGGGAUUUAGAGCCUGCCUGGGUCAACGCCAUGCUGGGGAGGAUAUUCUGGGACUUCCUACGAGAGCGCUACUGGGCCGACCUGGUCGCCCACAAGGUCCAGAAGAAGCUUACCAAGAUCAGGUUGCCAUACUUCAUGAACGAGCUUACACUGGCUGAGCUGGAUAUGGGGACCUGCUUGCCUCAGGUGUUGAGCACCUCCAAGCCAUCAGUGGACCACAGAGGACUGUGGCUUGAGAUGGAGAUAGUCUAUGCUGGUUCUCUGCAAAUGACCUUAGAAACCAAGAUGGACCUGUGCAAGUUAGGCAGAGAGAGUGUGAGUGAGGCAGAUACCAUCCCAGAGACAAGUCAUUUGAGCUCUAAUCCCCGGCUGUCUAUGUUAGCCGACAGCGACGAAGAGUCCUCCAGCGCUGGCUCCUCUGAUGAAGAGGAAGUCAUGCCAGCUGAGCCCCAAGGAACUCUGGGAGAUAAGGGCACCCCUCCAGGUGCAGACGGACAUGCAGGGGGAAGCACAGGCAGAAGGUUCCUGCGCUUUGUGGACAAGAUUGCCAAAUCCAAAUACUUCCAGAAAGCCACUGAAAAUGAGUACAUCAAAAAGAAGAUUGCUGAAGUCUCAAACACACCGUUACUCCUCACGGUGGAGGUCCUAGAACUGUCAGGAACCCUGGCUGUCAACAUUCCUCCUCCCCCUACUGACAGAAUAUGGUAUAGUUUCCGUGUGCCUCCCCGACUGGACCUGCGUGUGCGGCCAAUGCUGGGGGAGAGAGAGGUCACUUUCACUCAUGUCACUGAGUGGAUUGAGAGGAAGCUACAGUGUGAAUUUCAGAAAGUCUUCGUCAUGCCAAACAUGGACGACCUCUAUUUGCCUCUCAUGACCCCUGCAGUGGACAAUCCUCCAGCAUCCCACGAUUCUACAUCCCAGUGCUCCCAGAAGUCGUCAGUGGACUUGCAGGGAAGCAGGGAGGACAGCUUUGGUUCGGAGUGAGAUGGACAGAUGAGUCCUCGUUAAAAACGAAGUGACCAGUGCCUCUGACUUGAGGCACCAUGUGUGUGCAGGGUUUCUCUAGAACCUGCUGGUCAAAGGGCUUGGACUUUGAUGACCAUGUACCAACAUGUGUCCUGGUGUGCCAUCACAUCAGUGAGGAAGUGACAGAACCAUGUUGUACAUAUGAAAUGCAGAUAGAGGAUAGAAGUCUAUACCAGUCUAAUGAAGCUGAAAUGGUUGGUUUAUAAAGCCUAGCAUGGCCUCCGCAAGGACAGAGUUUGGGUCACUGAGAUCAGUCAGGAAAGGUUGUCUUGUGUCCACUGUCCACUAGAGGACAGAGAAGAGCACUUUUAUUCCCUGUUUGCCCCCUUGGUUUCAUUGAGAAGCAGCUUGCAGAUCUGCAUGUCAUUUGUACUGCCUGACUAGUCUGUUUUGUGUAACAGGCAAAAUGUGAAUGACGUAUAUAAAUGUACAUUCUUGGAUGUAUCUUGUCGAUUGACUAUGUUCAAUAAAUUAUUUUCCAUUU